AUGACUUUCACCAGCCUCAUAGAAAUCGUAGACUCAACCUUGAAAGAUUUCAAUGAUCCACUCAAACCUGUCAAAAUAUCGGUCUUCGAUGACCUACAGAGCGAGGAAACACGUAGAUCAUUCGCUAAACUCUUAACAAAUCAGAACCUUUUCAAAUUCAAGGAGCCUGAACUGAUAUCAUUUUAUAAUGAAUGCAUAAAAGAUCAAGUCAACUCAGUGACCACAAUAGAUCGACACGCUCGUCCUCGAAGCAAGACGAUUCAUUCUCUUAUAAAAGCAGCAGCGAUACUAAAAACGCCAGCGGCUGGAGUGAUAGUUAUGAAUACAAGUUCAGUUGGCAUCCGUGGUCUCCAACGAUAUGAAAUAUUGGACGACCUUGUCUUAAAACUAUAUGGUGCACCCAAUAAUACUACAUUGGCCUUCAGAGGCACAUAUGCAGAAGUUGAUCGAGCACUCUUGUCGAUGUGGGCUUACAUUUUCACUACUUGGAUGGAACAAGACUCCGGUCGUAAGGGUCAGUUGGUACAAAGGCGGGCCUCAUCGACCACUAUCGAGCAUAAUGGAAUGGUCUAUUUCAUGGCCCCUAAACGACACUUCGAAGGUGUUUUUAUUAGCAGACGUGCAAAAACAUCGCCAUAA